UGUAAACAAAAAGUUCGAGGAAAUUUAAUAAAAAUAUUUUGGCGAAUGUAUUAAAACACGUAUUUUAAGUGCUGAUAUUAUUUUUUAUUAAUUGUUUAAAUAACAUUAUUAUUUUAUUAUGUCUUUUGAGUCGCCUGCUGCAAGUGAUUUGCCCGCUCAACAACAACGUUUGGAAAUUACAUUGAAAUGUCCAAAUCCUUUAUUUGAAAAAUGGCUGGAAAGCUGGCUACAUGAUGCCGAACGACGUAAUAAUAAAUCUCAAUACAAAUUAAGAGAAGCUUUAAUAGCUUUGCGUAGUUAUCCACUACCAUUAGCCUCUGGCCGCGAAUGUGCUGUUCUACGCGGCUUCGGCACAACAUUGUGUAACUUCAUUGAUGAAGAACUGCGUCAAGUGCAACGAAUACAACCGCAAAUUGUAAAAAACCCCAUGUCUACAUAUGAAACAGAAGUCAAGCAAAUCGUUGCAUCAGUUAAAAAAGCCAAACAGAAAAAGAAGAUAACAGAAAAACCAAUCAAAAUAAGUAAAAAAGUACAAAAGGCUUUAGAGGAGGAGGAAGAGCGCAAUCGCCAAGUCUUAAUGCAACCAGGUACAUUUAAAAUUUUACUCUUGGUGGAUAUACAAGAGACAAAUGGUAAAAAUAAACGUUUGUUGGAUCAAACCCGUAGUUAUUUGGAAACACUUAAUGUGCAGUAUGAAGUGAGGCGCCUGACAGUGGGUGACUUCUUGUGGAUAGCACGUGAUGCAAUAGGAAAUGAAUUAGUCUUGCCUUAUAUUGUUGAACGUAAGAGAAUGGAUGAUUUAGCCAGUAGCAUAAGAGAUGGCAGAUUUCAUGAGCAAAAACAUCGUUUAUGUCAAUGUGGUUUACAGCAUGUUGUUUAUUUGGUUGAAGAUUAUGGUGACAAUGAACAUGUUGGCUUACCCUUAGACUCUUUAAAGCAAGCCAUGACUAAUACACAAAUUCAAUCCAAUUUUUUUAUUACACACACUGAAAAUCAUUGGCGUUCCAUGUCUUAUCUACAAGGCAUGACAAAAACACUUAUCAAACUAUUUAGGAAUAAAAUACUUAAAAAUACCACGAAGGAAAAUUUACAAGAGUUCAAUGCAAAAGAUGAUUUAGUUGGGUUACUUAAAUUCCGAGCUCUGUAUGAUGAUUCAGCACGUAAUGCUCAACUUACUGUUCGUGAAGUGUUCGUCCAACAAUUACUACAACUUCAUUCAUUAUCGAUGGAAAAAGCUUUGGCAAUUGUUGACGUCUACGCCACGCCCAGACAACUUUUCGAUGCCUAUGAAGCUUGUGCCAGUAAUGGGGAAGCACGCUUACUCCUGGCAAAUAUACGUUGUGGUCAAUUACAAAGACCGAUUGGAGAAAAAUUAAGUCAAACUAUAUAUGACUUUUAUUGUACAGAAUUUUAAACUUAUAAUUUACU